AUGGGAUGGGCCAAUGAGAGUUCCCUCAUGGGGUUCAUCCUCCUGGGCUUCUCAGACCACCCUCACCUGGAGGCUGUGCUUUUUGUAUUUGUCCUUGCCUUUUACCUCCUGACCCUUGUGGGGAACAUCACCAUCAUCAUUAUUUCCUAUCUAGAUCCCCCCCUCCACACCCCCAUGUACUUCUUUCUCAGCAACCUCUCCAUUCUGGACCUCUGUUUCACUACCAGCCUUGCCCCUCAGACCUUAGUUAACCUGCGAGGACCUGAAAAGACCAUCACUUUCGGUGGCUGUGUGGCACAACUCUACAUUUCUCUGGCACUGGGCUCCACUGAAUGUAUCCUCUUGGCUGUGAUGGCCUUGGACCGCUAUGUUGCUGUCUGCAAGCCCCUCCAUUACACCGUCAUCAUGAACCCGCAGGUCUGCCAGUGGCUUGCAUCCCUCUCCUGGCUCAGUGGUUUGGCCAAUUCCCUCAUCCACGCUACCUUUACCUUGCAGUUGCCUCUUUGCGGCAACCACAGGCUGGACCACUUCAUCUGUGAAGUCCCAGCUCUCCUCAAGCUGGCUUGUGUGGACACCACUGUGAAUGAGUUGGUGCUGUUCGUGGUCAGCAUCCUGUUUCUCGUAAUGUCCCCAGCCCUUAUCCUCAUCUCCUAUGGCUUCAUUGCUCACGCAGUACUGAGGAUCAAGUCAGCAGAGGCAAGGCACAAAGCCUUCAGCACCUGCUCCUCCCACCUAACGGUGGUGGUCGUUUUCUAUGGCACUGUGAUUUACAUGUACCUGCAACCCAGUGACAGCUAUAGCCAGGAGCAAGGCAAGUUCAUCUCUCUGUUCUACACCAUGGUGACUCCCACCUUAAAUCCCAUCGUCUACACGCUAAGGAACAAGGAUGUGAAAGAGGCACUGAAGAAACUUCUCUCUGGGAAAUUGGGUGCUUUACGGACAUGA